CAGUCACACGGGCCUCCGGGUGGCGCUGUGGUGCCGCCGGGCCAGUGGGCAACCGUCCGACCGCCGACGAAACGUCACGAAAACAGACAGCGGCCGGAGGCGAGCGAAAGUGAACGCAAAGGUCAAGUUUUCAAUCAAUUCCACGGUUGUGUGUUUACUUGACCAAACUUUGUUUUCCCGUCGAUGACGAGCGUCGCUUUAGCGUGUUAAAUGUGACUUUUAGCGCGAGCGUCCUUGGUGUCCGACGGGUAGCAUCCUCGUGUUAGCCACAUUAGCUGCUAGCUCCUGGCCAAAAGCAAAACGGGGAUGAAUUUGUGCCAAAACGACAGCCUGCGGCCGGAGGAGGCGGUGGUGGUGGAGAACGCCAUCCGACUCGCGAUAGACUCCGUCGUCAACGUACUGUACGGCGUCAACAGCGGCCGCAGUCGCGAGUACCAGCGGAUGGUGGCCGAAAGGGACAAAGAGAUCGUCAGGUUGCAGCGCGAGGUGUACGCGCUUCGCCGGCGGGGAUGCGCCUCGUGCACGCUGCUCUCCGGGAGCGAGCGCGACCGGGGGACCCCAGACCGGUCCCCCCCGGGCACCGGGGAGCACAGGGACCACGACGGCGGUGGCGACACCGACAUGGACGCCGGGCAGCAACAGCAGUGUGAACUAAGUUUCUCCUUGGGUCUCUUUGACGGCCCCCCGUCGCACAUCCCCUCGCUGGCUCUCCCCUCGCCCCCCCGCAGCCAAACGGACCCGUCGGGGGCUUCGGAGGCGGGCGGCGUCGCCGUCAAAGAGGAGCCGUGCAACGUGGACGCCGUCCUCGUCAAAUGGGAGCUGAGCGAGGAGGAGAGCUCGCGGGAGCGACAGGAGCCGACGGGCGGUCCCCCUUGGGACGCAGAACGGGAGUUCCGAGAAGCGAUGGCCUGCGAGGAAGCGGACGGGCUGGCGCGUGCCACAGAGGCGGACCAACUAAGGAACAAAAAGAAACGAGUCCCCACGGCGGAGCUGCCCGAGGAGGCCCAGCAGCAGAAGCGCGCGGCGUGGCGAGCCGCCUCCCGACGCUACUACGCCCGCAAGGUGGCCCGCCAGCAGGCCGGCCCCCCGUCGCGCCACGCCCGCUUCCACCGCCCGCCGCCGAACUCGCGCUUCCCCGCGUCGCACUGCGGCCCUUUCGCCGACGACAGCGGCAAGCGGACGCCCGUUUGCGCCUCGCCUCAGGACUCGCAGGCCCGGCAGAGGGAGGCGUGGCGAGCCUCCUCCAGGCGCUACUACCACGCCAGGAAAAUGGCGCACCAACAGCAACACGGACCCCCACAGUACCGCGACGCCGAGCCGCCGGGGCAGGACAGAGGAGGACUGGAGGGAAUUUUGUGUCGUUGAUCACGAAGAACUCCGAGACGUUGUGUUGGGAAUCAUUCACGCAUUCCCGACUCCCUAAUCACUAGAUUGGAAUUUUUAUUUAGAGGACUAUGAAGUUGACUAGAAAGUACAUUAAAAAUCAAUUUAUAGUGAUUAGUGAGUAUUUCAGCCCAAUAGUCAACGAUAUAGUCCAUCGCUUUUUAAUGGACUUUUUGGUCAACUUCUAUAGUCCACUAAAUACAAAUUCCUAUAUAACAAUUAGGGAGUUUUCGAUUCAUCGUUUCAGCCCUACAGUCAACUAUACAGUCCGUCGCUGCGUUCGGAAUCCGUCGCUCAUGUGCUACCCUCUAAUCGCCAUAUAAUUAUUAGGAUAUGGAAAAUCAAUAAUUGUAGUGGGGGUUUUUUAAGAAGAAAAUAGCACAAUAAUGCUGUAUUUUAUAAAACUAUCAACAGUGUAAAAAAAAUGUUUUGCUUUGUGCAUCAUUAAUUAAUUUAAGUCCUUCCGGUUGUGGCCACCAGGUGGCAGCAUAGCUCCGUCAACGAGGUUUGUUUCGUCCUGCCUGUCAGACGAAGGCAGGUGUCAUAAAAUAGCAUCGUGGUUAGAAAAGAGAGUUGCCUUCAGAGCUGAAAUGAUCCAUCCCAUAAUCUCGAGUCACUUUAUCGCUAUUUUUUACAGAGUGGACUGGACUGUGUCGUCGACUCAAGGAGAAGUAGUUUUGGGAGCAUCAUGGGAUAGCUUGCUUUCCUCGUGACUGUGGGUCACUCACUAUUUUCGAGAUGCAUUGUGCAAUGUUUCCCAAACGCAGCCUGAAUUCAUCAUCAGAGUCGUCAUCCGUCCUCAAAUGGAAGCGCUGCAGCGCCCCUAUCGUCCCUUAUCCGCAAUUACAUCAGGAGCGAGACAUUUUGAUUGCUGACGUUCGAAUUAGGAAGUCAAGUUUUCCCAAAAUCGUUCCGCUUUUGAUUCUAAGCACAUGAAACACUACAAAAGAUCAACGUGUAGGCUUAUGGCAAGUAAUAAAUGUUUUGUAUCUUUAAAGGGAAUGCUGAGGACUUGGAGGCAGGCGUGCUGAUCUACUUUAAACAUCUUUACAUCCGCUUUCUGUACCACUUGUCUUGAUCGUGUUGGAUGAAAAUCAUUGAAUUAAACGUGUUUCUUGUA